UUCUAACAUUUCACUCCCAAAAUGAUGCUGCUCUUUCUUUGUCUCCCAGUACUCCAGCUCCUACCUCUCAUGUUUUAUCCUCAUCUUGCUCUGUCUUUCACGACCAUCAUGUCAGAUUCUGGCGGCGCGCCUUCAUCUCUAGUCGACGGCCCUCAGACCGGGUUCUCCAUGAAGCAGGACGGCGCUCGAACCGACGCUCACGAGCAAGAAGCGGUUUACGACAUCAUGCGAGCCACCGGCAACGACUGGGCCUCCGAUAUCCCCGACGUGUGUCGUGGCCGGUGGCACGGGAUCGAGUGCAUGCCCGACAAGGACAACGUUUACCAUGUCGUGUCACUCUCCUUCGGAGCGCUCUCUGACGACACGGCUUUCCCUACAUGCGACCCGACCCGGUCCUACCUUUCACGGUCCGUCACUAAGCUGCCCCACCUCAAGACCCUCUUCUUUUACCGUUGUUUCAGUUACAAUCCUCAGCCAAUCCCUGCUUUUUUAGGCAAGCUGGGCCCCACGCUACAAACAUUAGUCCUCAGAGAAAACGGGCACGUGGGUCCCAUCCCGAACGAACUGGGUAAUCUGACCCGUUUGAGAGUGCUGGAUCUUCACAACAACGACCUCAACGGUUCAAUACCGUCGUCCCUGAACCGGAUCCCCGGUUUAAGGUCGCUAGACCUAAGCGGCAACAGAUUAACCGGGCCCAUACCCGAUUUAACGUGCCCUUCCCUAGACAUACUGGACCUGGGCGAGAAUCUUCUGACCGGCCCAAUACCAUCCACCCUAGGAACCUGCCUUUCUCUCAUCAAACUGGAUCUCAGCCACAACCACCUUACCGGACCGAUACCAGAGAAAAUCAACGGCCUGAAAGAGCUCAUGCUAAUGGACCUGAGCUACAACCUUCUCUCAGGCCCAUUCCCAAAAUCCCUGAAAAGCUUGAGUUCUCUUCAGGCCCUCAUUCUGAAAGGUAACCCAAUGGGUCCAGGCCCAACAACAAUUCCCACUGACUUGUUUGACGGCAUGGCGAAACUUAUGACCUUAGUGUUAUCAAACAUGAACCUGCACGGCCCAAUACCAGAAUCACUGGGCAGAUUACAAAGCCUUCGUGUGGUUCAUCUUGACGGGAAUUUACUAAACGGGUCGGUCCCGAAGAGCUUGAAGGAGCUGAAGAAUCUGAGCGAGCUGAGGCUGAAUGAUAAUAGGCUAAGUGGGUCAGUCCCAUUUAGCAGAGAGAUGGUGUGGAGGAUGAAGAGGAAGCUAAGGCUGUACAAUAACUCUGGUCUGUGUUAUGAUCAGAAAAGUGGGUUCAGGGACAGUGAAGACUCUACUCUCAAUAAUUAUGGCAUCGAGAUGUGUGAUGAGAGUUCAAGUGGUGGUUCAGGAGGAGGAGGAGGAUCACUUGGGACAGUGCAGCAUCUUUCAUCAGUGACUCAUCAGAAGUCAUCAGAGCCAACAACAACAACAACAACAACCACAUAUGUUUCAUCGGAUGCUGUUCUUGCGGAUGCAGUUACAAGGUUGUUGGGACUAACUUCACUUCUUCUCUUCACUUUGAUUUUAUUCCUGGGUCAAUCUCAAGUUCGGAUUUUUGUUUACUUCUUGGGUUCGACUGAGAGGUCAGAGGGUUCGGAGAAGUUAUCAACAGAGAAAUACGAGAAGGUGGGACUGAUUGGUUGCAAGGGUAUGGCUUUUUGCCCAAUCUUUUGUUGUGGAAGGGGUUCGGAUCGCAAAGCGCGAGGGAAGUCACAACAACCACCAUGGCGAGUCUUUUCCUUAAAGGAGCUGCACUCAGCUACAAAUAAUUUCAACUAUGAUAAUAAACUUGGAGAAGGGGGAUUUGGCAGUGUUUACUGGGGCCAGCUUUGGGAUGGAUCACAAAUUGCAGUGAAAAGAUUGAAAGUUUGGAGCAACAAAGCAGAUAUGGAAUUUGCUGUUGAAGUUGAGAUAUUGGCAAGAGUUCGACACAAGAAUCUUCUUAGUCUGCGAGGCUAUUGUGCUGAAGGGCAGGAACGGUUAAUUGUAUAUGACUAUAUGCCAAAUCUGAGCUUACUCUCUCAUCUUCAUGGACAGCACUCAGCAGAAUCCCUGCUGAAUUGGAGCAGACGGAUGAGUAUUGCAAUUGGAUCAGCAGAGGGAAUUGCAUAUCUCCACCACCAAGCAACUCCACACAUCAUCCACAGAGAUAUUAAAGCGAGCAAUGUUCUCUUGGAUGCAGAUUUCCAGGCUCAGGUUGCAGAUUUUGGUUUUGCUAAGUUAAUCCCUGAGGGGGCAACACAUGUGACUACAAAGGUCAAGGGCACCCUAGGCUAUCUUGCACCGGAGUACGCUAUGUUGGGUAAAGCAUCUGAGAGUUGUGAUGUCUUCAGUUUUGGAAUUCUCUUGCUGGAACUUGCAACUGGAAGGAAACCAAUUGAAAAACUGAGUGCAACAGUGAAGCGGUCAAUAACUGAUUGGGCACUACCAUUGGUUUUUGAGAAGAAAUUUAGUGAAAUUGCAGAUCCAAGACUAAGUGGUGACUAUGUGGAUGAAGAGCUUAAAAGGGUUGUUUAUGUUGCACUUGUUUGUGCUCAGAAUCAGCCUGAGAAGAGACCCAACAUGCUGGAGGUGGUAGAGCUGCUGAAGGGAGAAUCUAAAGUGAAGUUCUCUCAGCUAGAGAAUCAUGAACUUUUUAGAAGCCCUCAACCUGCUGAUUCCAACGAUGACAAGAUACAAGCUGCCGAAGAUAGUUCCGACUUUAUAACAGCAGAGAAUGAAUCAAAACCAGAGUUGAAGGAGAAUCCUGGGCCAUAAAUUAUGCAAAAUACUGAAACUGGAAUAAGUGCUGGUUAUGAAGCUUCCACUAAUUGCAGUUUGUUAUUAUUGCAAGGCUAGUACCAUUUAUAUUGGGUGCCAUGGACAUUUUAGCCACUAUCAAUAUGAAAGCAUGGUUUAGUGCUUGGGGUUUGUGUGCAUCAGUUUCAUGUUUAGAGCAACUGAUGUUUGUUCAUUGGUUUUUCUCCCCUCUAGUUCUCGGGUUUUACCUCGCAUUGCAGCCUUGCCAUUUCAUUUAAUUUGGACAUAGUCAUCUGAAAAUUUGUUAUAUGGCUUCAAAAGGUCAAUCGUUUGUAAAUCUACAUUUGUGUUUUGUUCAUGUACAUUAUGAUGUGCCUUUCAAGGCUUUAUGUACGAAAUAGAAACUUUGUAUAGCAAGUUGUUUGUUGAUC